AGGAGGAGAGGGGCGGUGCGAGCGGUAGCUCACCACGCCACCAUGGCGAGCGUGGCGUUCAGUCCCAAUUUCGCGGUGGUUUGCUCGUUUCUCGAGCGCUACGCCGCCCUGCUGCGCCUGCCCGACUUCAACUUCGCCGAGCUCGAGGCCGCGCUCGACGACACCGACGAAGCGCCCAAUGCCUUGGUGGAAUUGCACUUGCGGCUGCUCAAGACGAUGGGGCAGAAGGUGGCACGAGACCGAUGGGAGAAACACCUGGCCAAGAUGUGUGAAGAUUUUGACAGCCCCCUUGCUUGGGAGCUCAAGAACCUGGGAUACCCCAAGAUGAGCCAGGCCAACAAACUGAUUCUGCUCAAGUUCUUGUGUGAGACGCAGUUUGACGACAACGUGCGGUUCAAGGCGACCGUGAACGAGGAGGAAGCUGAGCUGAUGCGGGUGCAGCCACUCGGCCGUGAUCGUCACGGCCUCGUCUACUGGAUCCAUACGGACGGGCAUUUCAACACCCGCCUCUACACCGAGGAGCAGGAUGACCUGGAGCAGUCGUCCUGGAAGCUGUUGUCACGAAAUCGCGAAGGCCUGGCUGAAGUUCUGCAGGGGCUCAAGUUGGCGGUGAGCGGGGGUGCCGGUGGUCAGGAGCAGAACAGCCCCUCCUGCAGCAGCUCUGACACAGAGGAGCCAACCAAACUGCCGCCCCCUUACACGACGGCUUUCAAACUAGGGCAGAAGAUGAAAGAAAACAAAGCGGAGACGGGCGACAGUGACGGGAAAAAGUUGGAGGAGGAGGGGGAGGAGGAGGAAGAGGAGGUGGCCCCAGCCAAGAAGGAACGGAGCGAGGUCGGGGAGAAAAAGGGGGGUGGUGCCUCUGGUUCUCCCGAGGAGGCAGAGGACGAGGAAGACUCGUCGCUCAUGAAGGAAGCGGUGAUCAAGCUGGAGCGCCUGGACGACACGAUGCUGGAGAAGCUGUCGCAGGACACCUGCAAGGAGGAGACGCAGGCCAAGCUGCCCGUCAAGAAGCGCGAGCUGCGAAUGCCCACCGAGAUUUCCCCAGACGCACGGCCCUCAAAAUCCGACGUGGACGGAGAGGCGCAGGCGAGCGGCGCUGAUGCCGGUGGCGAAGGAAAGGGGGUGGCCUCAGAAGGUGGUGGCGCGCAAGGCACCACCGAAGGAGAGGUGGAGAAUGGGCAGAACGGAGAGUUGGGCCGCAAUGGAGGUGGUAGCGGCGGCGGUGGCAGCGGUGGCGAUGUCUCAAAGGGCGGCUCGGUGGCACACAAGAGUGACGCGGAGAAAGAUGGCGAGGACACUGCUGCUGCCGCGCCCACGACCAGGAAACGCGGCACCUCGGCCACCCACGCCGACAGGGUGAAGGAUACAGAGAAGGGCGACUCGGAAGCAGUGGCGGGCAACCCCAGCAAAGUGAACGGGCAAGGCAGCCCCAGGCGCAUCACGCGGCAGAGGAAGGCCGCCUCCGAGGAGGCCAAGAAAGCAGAGGAGAAAAGCAGCUCGGAGGAGAAGGGGAGCAGCGGGGAGAGCGAGGGCGACGACGAUGGCAGUGAGGAGAGCCAGGAAGAGCCCUCGGAGGGAGCCAACAUUGAUGACUCGUGCAAGCGCUGUGGGCUGUCAAGCCACCCCGAGCUGAUCCUGCUGUGCGAUGGCUGCGACGAUGGGUACCACACUGCGUGCCUCCGUCCCCCGCUCAUGCUCAUUCCUGACGGGGAUUGGUUCUGUCCAUCCUGUCAACACAAGAAGCUUUGUGAGAAGAUGGAAGAGGAGCUGAACCACCUGGACAGGAUGGUGAAAAAGAGCAAUCGUGCACAACGCAGAAAAGAGAUGCUGACUUAUGUUGGGAUCAGCUCUGAGAAUAUCCUCCCACGCAAGGCAAGUUAUGACUCGGUACAGGACGACGAGGACGAGGAGCCAGUCGGGAGGCAGCGCCUGGAGCGGCGGUCGAGUCGCGCCCGCAAGGCGGUGAGCUACGAGUACAAGGAGUUUGACGACGCUAUCAUCACCGCCAUUGAGGAGGAUAUCAAGGAGGUUAAGGAAGCAAAACGGAGGAUGGCUAUGGAGCAGGAAGCUGAGGAUUCUGGGAAGGAGGAGGAGGAAGAUGAGGAGGAAGAAGAGGGCAGCACUGGCGGGGCCUCAGCGGCAGCAGCAGGCGGAGCCGCACCCGCCUCGGGCCCUGUCCACCGCGGCAAGGACAUCUCGACGAUCCUGCGUGCCAGCGGGCGGCACAGCGGGGAGUCGGACGACGGCGCCACGGCCGCCGCCGCAAAACCCAAGAAGAGAGCGGCGGGCAAGAGCAGUGACGAUGAUAAGGACGAAGAUAGCGACGAAGUUGACGGGCGUCGCGGAGUGGUGCGUGGUGCGCGUGGGCGCAAGCGGGCGCCCGCAAAGAGGAAGGCUCGGAGACUGACGGCCCUUGACAGCUUCGAUGAGGAGAGCGAGGACGAGGACUACCAGGAGAGUGGCACCGAAGUGGAGGAGCCGGAUAACUGGGUGGAUGAAUUUGGCAGCGGUGACGCGUCCUCUGGCUCGGACUACUGGCAGAGCUUGUCGCGGCGGCCACGAAAGCCGCGGACGGAGCCGACGCGACGGAGUCAGAGGCUCAGGGGGCGUCCCAUGGAGGAGGACAGUGACUUGGAGAGCAGCGACAGUGAGGUGGCGCGUGCCGCCCGCCGGGCCGGGAGGAACAAACGGUCGGAGCGACGCACGACUCCCGCCAGGAGAGGCACGCGGGGCAACAGGGCGAUUGCUCGACGCAAAGGCGGCAGGAACGACUCGGACGCCAGCGAGUCGGACGCGUCGCACAAGAGUAGCCCCGUGGCGGCGCGCCGGGCGAAGGCCACCGCCACCCCACGCAAGCGGCAGACCCGCUCCUCGGAGAGCCACGAGAGCGCCAGCUCAGCCAGCGAGCGCCCAGUGCGGAAACGCAGGAGAGCCGCACCAGCUGCACGGGCUCGUAGCUCUGACGAGGAGGAGGAGGAAGAUGAGGAAAAGGCAGGUCAACGAGCCAAGCCUGCUGGGUCUCGGCAGCGGCGGGCAUCGGGUGCUGGCGGUAGUGCACAGCGACGUCAAAAACGGCCGUCGAGCGCCCGUGCCCCAGUCCGCACGCCCAAGCGCAAACGCGCUGCUCGGAGCGGCCGGACCACGACUGGCGGUGCCGGCAGCAGCAGCGAGGAGCACAAGGAGGGCAGUGGUGGCGGUGGCGGCAGCGGCGAGAGUGGAGAAGAUGCGGACGAGGCGGCGAUAGCGGCAGGAAAAGCGCAGCGUGCGCGGGACGCCCGGCCCAGGAGGCCCCGGCGGGCAGCAGCCGCUCGUGGCACAAAGGCGGCGGCGGCGGCGGCGGCAGCGGCGGCGGCCUGCGUCUCCUCCGGGGAGGGCGAGGGGGCGCCACCGCCCCCCGCAAGGGCCUCGCGGCGCGCGGGCGCUACCAAGGAGGGCGGAGGCGGCGGUGACGACGACGAGGAUGUGGCGGACGACCUCCUCGGGGUAGAGGAUCUGGUGGACUAUGUGACGGGAGAGUAGUGUAACGGCGGCGCGUUUUAAUAACUGAAGAGAAAUAGACAAAAACGAAGGUGGUGGUGAUGAUGAUGAUGUCGAUUUAGCUGUGAUCACCGGGUCUUUGAGCAGCUGGGGCUGGCUUUGCCGAGCUCUUCUUAGUUUUUCUAUUCAUACUCCGACGUGUGAUAUUUGAUCAGUUUUAUUUCCUAUUCGCCGACUUAGCCCUGUACAAAAUUUGCUAAAUUCCUGUAGGCGUGAAGUCAUGAAUAGGUCCUGUACACAUGCCCGCAUAAAGCUCCCAAAUAGUCCCUUUCUGAUCAGGAGCCUUUUAAUCGUAUAGGUAGUUGCUAGUUUUCGCAGAAUGAACGACCACGUGGCUUUUAAAAAGUCCCGCCGGUAAGUCAUGAUAUGUACAUGCGGUGUUGUGCAUGUGUAAGCCUCGAAAUUAUCUGCUGAGUGGUGUUUGUGCACCGCUGAAAAUGGAUUGGUGUUGUGGUGAGAUGAUGCUUAUAAGACACGUGGUUGUGCGUCUGGUGUGUACAUAUAAACCUGGCCCUCUGCACUGCUAUGUGUUGCUGAUUACAACUUUUUUUACUUUUGCAGAAUUACAGAGCAGAUUUGGAACGAUUGUUUUUAACCGUUUGUGCUUAACUUUGCAGAGGUCGUGCAAAGAGAGCAAAUUCUAUUUGUGGGCAAAGUAAUUCAGAUGGAACGGCUAUCGGAAGUGAUAAAAAUUGGACAGUGUGGUCUCAUAGCAUGGUGUUUGAGUGAACUGUUCUGUUUUAAUGUGCUCUACUUUGUGUAACUUUGCAUACGUGAAAACGCUAGGAUGUCCAAAUGACGGAGUUGUGUUUCCCACUUCCAGGGAAACAGGUGAAGCGUUCGCCAGAUGCUGUGGCUGGUGUACAGAGGUGCAUGGGACCGUGAGAUGAAAAAGAGCUCCUUGCAGGACACAUUGCUCCCCCCACUGUCCAUUGAGACAAAACCUGUGUGUGUGUGAAACCGAAAAGUUAUUAGCGUUAUUCAUAGUUGCAUUCAUACUCAUAAGCAGUUUUGAGAAGAAACGUGGAAAAUAUAAAAAAACUUAUAUGUAACAACUUAGCCUAAAACUUUUUGAAGUUAAGUGCGACACUUAUCCAAAGGUGGUCAGAUGAAACAAAGUGUUGACUUAUUUGGACUCUAUUGAACAGUGGUGGUUAAAAGUCCACCAUACAGGUGUUUAAAAUCCAAGUUGUCAACUUUUUUCAUUGUUUAUUUUUUGAAAGAUUUAAUUUGGUUUUUUCUCAUCGUUUUUUAUCUGCACGCUUGUAGAGCAGAAUCGCUUACAAAUUGUUUUCUGUCACUGACGACUGCUUAAGUUGCAAAUUAAAGCUUUUUACAGUAAAACGAAACAGUAUGCCUUUAAGUAGUCACAUGAACCACAGCUAGUGUCCUGUGUUAUUACUGUAUUGUAGCAACGAUGUAUUUAUAACGGUGUCGCGUUAUGAUAGUAGCGAUGCUGUGAUGUCGGUAUUCACGUGUCAACCCCUAUGGAUAAUUCUUUUAUAUAUCCGUUUUAAAUGUCCUCAUGGAACAUAAUGAGUUACACUGGCUGUGUCCUUUUGCGUGGUAGUAGCAUCACCCCCCGCACUGCAAAUAAAAACAGUCGUCAGCAUUUUGCUUGCUUGA